ACCAACAUGGCUGCGCCCUGAGCGUUGGUCGUUGCUGGGACCGGUGAUCUGCUCGGCGCACCGUGAAUGGAGCAUGGACGUUCACUGCCCGGUGCGGAAUAGUCUUCUAGCAGCCUGCUGACGAGCGGACUGCAGGGAGCCACGUGAUGUGGUGACGUCAGCAGGUCCUUACCAGGUCUUAGCCGUUAUUCUGGCCUGAGUGACAUGUCGCGCGUCGAUCAGCCCGAUCUCCAGACCACGCUUUCCCAGUAGAUGAAGGCUGCCCUCCCCCUCCGCCAUGCAGGUCAUUCUGCUGGUCGUCAGCGGCCUGGGCUGGGUCCUGGACCUGCUGCUGCUGGUGCUGGACCUGAAUUACUGGCUGGUAUCCUUCCUGUUGUCUUCUCUCUUCUGGACCAUUCAUUUCAUCCUCCACCUGCCAGGAACCAUAACCCUUGGCCUACUAAGUUGCUGGGACAAUGCCCUUAUGACCCUGGCCCUGCUGGGCGAGACGUGUGGCAAUGCGGCCCUCGCCUCCGUGCACGCGCUGGGCGAUGCGUGCGAGGGACUCCUGUCAGGACUGGAUAGUCUGCAGCUUUUAUGGAACCUGAUGUGCCACCUGCUGCUGCGGAGCAAGGAGAUGAUGCAGCGCGGCCUCCUUAACAUCGCCCUGUCCGGGCAGAACUUUCACCGCCAGGUUUGGGAGACCCUGGGCAUAGCGGGCGGCUUGGUGGCGUACAUCGUGAACAGCCUGGUGAACCUGUGUCUUAUCGGGGUGCAGAACCUCUUCCAUGCCGCCCUGGGCCUGUGGUUCACGGUGGUCAACUUGAUCUUCGUGGGGAAAGAUUUGGUUGUGGCGUUGUUGUCCCAGAUUUCCAGCACUGCGGUGGCGGCCGUCAUCCUGUUCUGGACGCCGUUCCAGUUAGCCGUGGAUUUACUGGUAUCCUGCAGCACCGGCAUCGGGGUAAUCCUCUUCAGGCACCUUUACGAAGUUCUCCUGCUGCUCUUCUUCAUUUCGGUCUCCCGCAUGGUCCUCCGGCCCUCACCGGAAUUACGUUCGUUCCAAGAAAGACUAGGCCGGCUCGGCCAUGUUGUCCAGAGACUAAUGCAUAACCUACUAAGCGCAGAGGUUUGGAGGAGGGCUGCUGCCUGGUGUCUGCAGCUUGUCAGAAUGUACCGAGCCGCAUGGGACAGAGACCAGAACCUGGCGAGGACUAGAGCGCAGGGUACGCCAGUAAGGGUGCCCAGGGCACCAGGUCCUGCGGGGGCUAGGCAGGCACCCAAUCCAGUACCCGCGCGGGCACGCAAUCCACCACCCGCCCCGGUGCAGCAUGCCACAGCUCAGAAUGCAGUGCCUCAAGUUCCACCACCCUAUUCAUCGACCUCCCGCGAGACGGAAACCGCCGCAGAAGACCCCUGGAGGCUGCUGAAACAGCAAGAAGAGAGCAAGAAAUGCGUAAUCUGCCAGGAUGAAAAUAAAAGCGUCCUCCUGCUGCCCUGCCGCCAUCUUUGCCUGUGCGCGCAAUGCACUGAGAUCCUCCUGCAGCAGCCAAUACUUCAGCGGAACUGCCCGCUCUGUCGGAAAAUGAUUCUGCAAACGCUGACUGUUUACAUGUGAAGACGAGCCGGACUGGAUUUCUAGGGGUCUGCGGAGGAUUGAAAGACACCCCGGAUUUUUUUUUUUUUAAACUUAUGUCUGACGCUGGGUCAUCCUUUUUAAGAAUAGAGAGAAAAAUUAUUUUUCUACUCCUUGUAAAGGUCCACGUGUCUGCGAAGCUGUGAAAGGAUUGUGAAUGUUGCUGCGUUGUUUCCAUGUUGCCACGUUUGGCUGCAGCGAAUAGAAGCAUUCCACGCGUUUUAAGCAUAAUGUGCCGCCUACUGACACUGACGAGGUUUAUUUCAAGCUUACUUUCCUUGUUUGGUCUUCCUUGUUCUGCCACACGCCUCAGUAUAAGGGCUCGUUCACACGAACGUGCCGUGUUUUGCGGUCCGCAAAACACGGAUGCCGCCCUUGUGCCUUCCGCAAUUUGCGGAACGGACGGCCCAUUAUAGAAAUGACUAUCCUUUUCC